AUGUAUAGUGAGCUCUUCGCAGUAACAAGCGUGCUAAUAACGGCAGCCGCUAUUUCGAUAUGGCUGAAAAAGAAACUGAGUUAUAGAGUAUGUGUGUCGAAGGUGCGAUUAGAUGGGAAGACUUGUGUAGUGACAGGUGGCACUUCAGGAAUAGGUCUAGAGAUAGCGAAGGAUUUCGCGAAACGUGGUGCUCGAGUCAUUAUAGCUUGCCCAUUCACCCCGGAGGGAAAAGAUGCAAAGGAGAAUAUUGUUAAAGACUCUGGCAAUCAGGAGGUCGUAUUCAAACAACUGAAUCUGGCGUCCUUGGAUUCCACGCGGAAUUUCGCUCUGGAAAUCUUGCGAACAGAACAUAGGUUAGAUAUUCUAAUAAAUAACGCAGGCAUUGGACCUAGUGACAAAUUAACAGCAGACGGCAUGUUGUACACUAUGCAGAUUAACUACUACGGACAUUUCUUGCUGACAAACUUACUGAUUCCUCUAUUGAAAAAGACGGGUACUCUAGAAGACAAGAGCAGGAUAGUGAAUAUCGCAUCACUUCUGCAUCGCACGGGAAAGUACGAAUACGGUAAUAUGAAUUCGCCCGGCAUAAAAUCAAAAUUGAAAAGUUACUCGGAUAGUAAAUUGUGCUUGUUACUAUUCGCCCAGGAAUUGGUUAGAAGAUUGGAGGGCAGUAAUGUGAUCGUACACUCGGUUGACCCCGGUGGAGUUGCCACUGCGAUUUAUGAAAAAGGUUUUGGAAAGUCCGUGGGUUCUUUGAUUAAGCUGUGGCUCAAUAUUUUUUGGAAGACUCCUUGGCAUGGAGCGCAGACUGCAAUACAUGCUGCAGUCGCAGAAAGUGUACGUGAUACAAGCGGGAAACUGUUUAGGGAUUGCAAGGAAAUUGCAGCUCAUGAUUCAGUCUACGAUACGAAGGCAGCUAAAACACUUUGGGAUGAGUCCGAGAAACUCGUUCAAUUGAAUUCAAUUGAUGAGAGUUAAACGGUGGUGUUUUUUACUAACGUGUUUACGUUUAAUAAAAUUCAACUUAAAUAUUUUAUAGAACGCUUCAUUUAUUGAUAAAUUCAUAUUUCAGAUUCGGUUAGUAUAUAUUUUCAAAACGACAGUACAAAUUAAUCAUAAGCAUUAUGCGCGCAUAUUGAGUGUUGAUUUAUUACGUUAAUGUUAUC